CUGACUGAAAAGCACAGCAGGCAACCCAGGGAAAGAGCCCUCAGCCCGGCUGAUCUCGCCUUCCCACCCCUUUAACCGCCACCUUCAACCCUGCCAGAAAAUCAUGGCAAGCCCAAGAACCAGGAAGGUUCUUAAAGAAGUCAGGGUGCAGGAUGAGAACAAUGUCUGUUUUGAAUGUGGUGCAUUCAAUCCCCAAUGGGUGAGUGUGACCUAUGGAAUUUGGAUCUGCCUGGAAUGCUCAGGAAAACACCGAGGCUUAGGAGUUCACCUUAGUUUUGUGCGCUCUGUUACAAUGGAUAAAUGGAAGGACAUUGAACUAGAGAAGAUGAAAUCUGGUGGAAAUGCCAAAUUUCGAGAAUUCCUGGAGUCUCAAGAUGAUUAUGAUCCAUGUUGGUCAAUGCAUGAGAAAUAUAAUAGCAAAGCUGCUGCUCUUUUUAGAGAUAAGGUGGCUACUUUAGCUGAAGGCAAAGAAUGGUCUCUUGAAACAUCAUCUGCCCAAAACUGGACUCCACCUCAGCCCAAGAUGGCACUAUCUUCAGCUCACCGUAGUUCUGCUGGCCAAUCUCAAAAUGCAACUGCCUCUUCAGAUAAAGCCUUUGAAGACUGGUUGAAUGAUGAUAUCAACUCUUAUCAAGGAGGCCAAGAGAAUCGCUAUGUUGGGUUUGGUAACACAGUGCCCCCUCAGAGAAAAGAUGAUGACUUCCUCAAUAAUGCCAUGUCAUCCCUGUACUCGGGUUGGAGCAGUUUUACAACUGGGGCAAGCAAAUUUGCCUCAGCUGCUAAAGAAGGUGCUACAAAAUUUGGAUCUCAAGCAAGUCAAAAGUUCUGGGGCUACAAGCAGCAGCCAGAGCCGGCCUCAGAGUUAGGUCACAGUUUAAAUGAAAAUGUUCUCAAACCUGCACAGGAAAAGGUGAAGGAGGGAAAGAUUUUUGAUGAUGUUUCCAGUGGGGUAUCUCAUUUGGCGACUAAGGUUCAGGGUGUUGGCAGUAAGGGAUGGCGAGAUGUCACUACCUUCUUUUCAGGGAAAACAGAUGACUCUACAGAAAGACCACCUGAGGGCAAAAGCUACCAGAACAGCAGAGGGGAGAACUAUCAGAACAGUGCUGUGGAUCAAAGCUUCUGGGAAACCUUUGGAACUUCUGAGCCAUCUAAACCCCAUAAAUCACCAAGCAGCGACAGCUGGACAUAUGCGGACAAUUCCACAGAGAAGAAGAGCUCUGAUAGCUGGGACGUCUGGGGUUCAGGGACUGUCUCCAACAACAAGAACAGUAACAGCGACAGCUGGGAAAACUGGGAAACCACCUGGGAAGGUGCAGGAGGGGAGGGCAAGAACAAAAAAGGCCCCAAGAAGGCCCCCAAAGCAUCAGCAGCAACUGAUGAAGGUUGGGAUAAUCAGAACUGGUAGGACUCUGCCUCUGCAGUGGAGGAAGAGGGCUGAUGAGAAAAAUUACCAACACAGAUUUAUUUGGUGGUUAGCCCGUUGUCUUUAGCCUUUUGUAUUCUUUCUUCCAUUCCACCUGAAAAAAAACACACAAAAACUUGUCAGCCCGAACACAGACAAUUUCUUUUAGGUAUUUCUUGCCAGUUUCAACUGAACCUCAGUGCUCCAAUCACCAGGACUAACAAUUAUAGGUGUGCCAUCUGAAACUGGUUAAUGUUCUGGAAAUGUCAUGUCAAAGAAACAAAUUCAGUGCAAGCAUAUUCUUAUGACUCAGUAUUGCAUGUCUCUUUUCCUGUCUUCAUUCAUUUGAAUGAGGUGCUAGAAAGAAUCUGGGGUAGUAAAUGGCAUAUUUUCAACAAACGGCCACUGAAAGAACUGCAGUUUUUGAAAUGAAAAAGAUUUAUUGAAAUAAUAGUUCAACUCAAGAAGCCAUCUUCCUGAAUUACUAGGAUUGAAUGAAAUGAAAUAGGGGGGGAUGCUUUUGAUGCAAGAUAUAUUAAUAUAUUGCAGUCCUUUUUUAAAUUUUAAAAAAAGUUUAUCUUCAUUUUAAAGCUUUCUUGAGGGAAAAAUUGCUGAAGGUAGUUGGAAUUUGAGAAACCAAUACCAAGACCAACAUUCAGGUUUUGCUGCCCUGGCCUCAUUGAGCUGUUAAGAAUGCCUACACUGCCUGUGUGAUCUUAUUCUUUCAUUUAGGAUUUCAAGGUUUUUCCCAGUGCUCACCCUCCAGAAUCUGAUCAUGGGAAGCUAGUACUUUAAAAAGAAGCAAGGAGCGUUCUCUUUCACCUGUAUUACUUCUUUGUUUCACCUGUAAAUCUUAUUUUACAGAAUGUAGAUGCAAAUAUAUGCAAACCCUAUUCUUGGAGCUUUGUUUACUCAUCUUCGUAUAUUUGAACUUUAAAUCAGUGCUGAUACCGUAGAAUGAUUAAGUCAUGGACUUAUCAAGUCAUAAGAUGUGUUAAAUUUUUUUGCAUAUGAAUUUAAUAGUACUGGUGGAAUUUUCUCUCAGGCUAAGAAGUCCUUGCGUUUGCGUCAUUAAUUACUGAGCAGUGGCACCUUUUAUUUUCCCCUGCCUUUCUGCUCUGUUUUUCUUCCAUAACACAGGUUUUCAUUUCUUGUUUUGGAUAGAAUGUUGUUGGGCAGUUUUUCUGACAGCAUGCAUAUCUGGACAGAUUACAUUGUGGUGGGGGAAGGAACAGCUUGUGCCCAUGUCAGUUAAGAUACUCUAGCUAACUUUUUCUUAAUUCAGUUUUCAGGGAUGUAAGCCCCCAUUUUGUAGGGGAACUAUCUCCUUUCUCUAGGUAUUUUGCAGCUGUUAGAGUUUUCACUGUUUUGCAUUAUUAGUAUACUGCAGUAGUGAAACCCAUUUAUACCCUCAAUCAUGGUGCCAUGGGCAAAAUUCCUCUCCUAGGAAAAAAUUGUAAAAUCAUCUACUGCUGUCACUUUAUGAAAGUUUGAGAGAUUCCAAGAAAACCUUUAAAGUGAAGAAUGAGAUGAUAUUGAUAAUCUGAGUAAGCCAGUUUAGUUUCUGCCAGUAAGUAGUGAGGAUAUGAGCCUUAAAAAUGUUCAGUAAACUUACAAACGAAAUAGAAACUCGAGUCAGUUUUUGGCCUCAGAUUGCACCUGGAUUUUAGUAUUUUAAAGAAAUUACAUCAUUUCAUGUAGACUUGUAUUUUACCUUCUUUCUAUCAUCAUAAUUAAGUUAUUGUUUGCCUUGUUUACUUUAAGGUGGGAAUUUUUUUUUUACAAUUGUUGUUUCUACCUCCUAUGUUUUAGGCAUCCCCUGUUUCACUGUUGUUAUUGAAACCUAAUCAUGAGCCAAUUCUUGUUUGUUCAUUUUGAGUUUUACUCAGGGUCUUGUUGCCCUAACUAUAUUAAAGCACACUCUUAUUUAUGGAUCAUUCUUCCCAGCACCUCUAUUCUUCACAUUUGAUCUUUCUUAAAGUGCAAAGCCGAGUGAUAUCUCAAGACUGAUGUUCACUAUUCUUAUAAUGGCACUAGUUUUUCCAAGAAUCUCAAUUCCUAUAGGAAUGCCUUAAUUAUUUCCCCCUUUUCUCAUUUCGUCCUAAGCCAUCAAAGUUUAAUUGCAUGUUUAACAUGAGAUAACUUUGCCUCUUACCUUUUUGCAUCUACCCGUUUGCUCUUAUCACUUGACUGCAGAAUUUACAAACAGUAUUGCAUGUGUUCUUGAAAGCCGUGUUGUGGAACUUAUAUAUGAAGUGGUUGUUUUCCCAGUCAAGACUAGCAGUAUAUCUGUUGUUUGGUGGUGGUAGCAGUUGUCAUGUCUGACAAAAUCCUGGCUGGGUCGUCUAAUUACUGCUGAAGUUGUUACUAUCUAAAAUAAUACAUUGCCACUUCAGCUUCCUGUGUCCUAUUUUAUUACUGUUUUGUCAAUGACUUGAAUCAGUUUACUGCAGUAGGGAAUGCAAUUAAUAAUUUCUCUUGCAUGCUUUUUAAGUUUUGUUGAAACAUUCCAUUUCUUAAUUCCCAUAAGUGUAUAUUAAUAUUUAACCCUUUUAUUAACUCAUAUUUCCAGGAUUGACAAAUCUUAAUUUUUUUCAUGGAAACUAUUAUUUUCACCAGCAAUUUGGUGAAGACUCAUGCCUCAGUUUGGCACAUUUUGAAGACAGUGAUGGUUUCCCGGGGAUAUAAUGAGCCCCUGAGCUGUACAGUUGCAGUAAGAGGCCUGGUCAUUAUUACAUAUUGCUUUAGGAUAUGUUUGUUUAACAAUUGGAAAGAAAAUGAGGGUUCUGCAGUUAAGUGAAUGAGGUGUGUGUUAUUCCAGUUUUUUUUUCAAGCAAGGGAAACACUAUUUCCUUCUCUCUUUAGAGGAGAAAAGAACAAAAGAAAUUGAUGUACCUUUUGAAGACUGAGAAGUCUUUGAAAUCAGUUGCCUUUUUAGAGCUCCAAAUAAGUUGAGCAUGGAGUCCCAAUCUAAUUUCUAGAGUACAUUCUAAUAAAUAUUCUGAGAAAAAUAAAAAGGACCUGAUUGGAAUUUACAACUGUUUUGGCCAAAAGGCCAUGGAUUACGUGGUUGAAGAUUACGUGACCCUUUGGCUGCAGGAUAUUAGGUCCAGAAAAAGGUUUGAGAUGCAGUGGAUAUAUGAGAGAGGUGGUACUGUUGCUGAUUGUUUUGAAUCCUCCUUUGGAUGAUUGAGGCCUUGUUUUUUUAGUGUUCCAUUCAAACUCUUGCAACUACAGUUAAGUAAAGUAUCCCAAAGAGAGCUCUAAUUAAGACAAACUUGUCUGUCAUGGAUUAACACUCACCAGUGUUCCAUUGUUACUGCUCAGUAAUGUUUCUCCCUUUAAUAGAUCCAGUAGUAGCAUAGAAUCUCUGAAAGCAGUUUGUAGUCAGGUGUUCAAAUUAUGUGCCGUUUUCUAGAGGCAUGCUGCACCUAUGUUCUUGCAUUACCAAGCCAGUCAUAUAGUACUAAGGUUUCACAUUUCUUCUCUCAUACUUUUGUGACAGGUUGGGGGGACUCUUCUGUGUUCUUAAAUUUUAGCAAGUGCUUGACCUAUUCCCCUCCAUCAUUGGAUCUGAAGGAUAAUGCUGCUGCUUUUUUGUUUUCCAGUCCAGACAUUGUAACAUUCCUCCGGUAGGUGAUGUGUUUGUUAGUGUAAUAAUAAUCAGUGCAAUAUCUUAAAUGUAGUUGAACACCCUCCCCUCCUUUGUUGUCUAAUCCGGGAAGCAGAUUUAAAGAUACAGUGUUCCUUUUCGUGAUCUGAGUAGCUGACAAAAGGAUUUUACAAGAAGUUAUGUACCGCCUUGAACAAAAAGAUAUCAGGGUAUUUGUAUUAGCCGUCAAGAAGGGGUUGAUCCGGUUUCCAAAGUGCUGGAAUAGAGUGGGUCCAAGGUGGCUUUAUAGGGUGUGACAGAAGAGUACCACUCUUGCCUUUUAAAUGUCAGCUGAGUGAUUUAAAUGUAUUUGGAGGAGGAGUUGCUGUAACUUUAAUAUUCCUGAUAUGUUUGUGUUGUGCAAGGACAUGAAAAUUUCGGUGACUAGUAACUCUGUAAUGUAAGAGUGCUAUUGGACUUAAACUGCAGUGUCAUCUUUUAAAUGAGAAUUAAAAUAAAGCAAAGAGAAAUAGA